CCACCACAAACAACACAACCCAACAACCUUCCCAAUGAACCCACAAUGACAGCGCCCGACAGCGAAAACUACCAAAUAUUCCGCGACUGUGUCUCGAGCGCAAUCGUCGCGAAAUUCUCUCCGACACCUCGAACCAAGAAAGCGCGACGUCCGCGCACCACCCCGCGCCAAAAGACCAGCAGUCGAGCAGACCCAAAACCAGAGGCAGAACAGGUCCAGCAAAAUGAAUUCACUAGAACAGAUCCAGAAGACCUGGCCGACUUUAUCGACUUCAUAGCCACAGAAACCUUCCCAUCACUCCAACCACCAACACUCCAAACCCUCACCUACGACCCCAACACCGACUUCACAAGCGACAAAGAGUACAGUCCACAACACCUCGCCGAAAGGACCUCGCAUACCCUACCCGCCUCCAUCACAGAUACCCUAACGGCGUACGCGGUCAUUGAAUCCGCAUCUGACAUUCCCUAUUUCCUCGCGCCGAUACUAGGCGAGUAUGUAGCGUCGGUGACGAAGCCACCGCCAGUGUGGGCGACUACGCGCACGGAUGCGUGCGAGAUCUGUGAGCGGGAUUGGAUUCCGCUGUCGUAUCAUCAUUUGAUUCCGAGGAGUGUGCAUGCCAAGGUGGUCAAGAAGGGGUGGCAUGAGGAGUGGAGGUUGAAUAGUGUGGCGUGGUUGUGUCGUGCGUGUCAUAGUUUUGUGCAUCGCAUGGCGAGUAAUGAGGAGUUGGCGAGGGAGUGGUUUACUGUUGAGAGGAUUUGUGAGAGGGAGGAUGUGAUGGAUUGGGCGAGGUGGGUGGGGAGGGUGAGGUGGAAGGCUAGGUAGGUUAGAUGGAUGGGUUUAUUUUACGUCUUAGUUUUGGAUGAUAUGAUACUAUGGAAUGGAAUGGGUAAAUGUGGGGGGGAAUCGCUUGUAGAUGGGUAUAGAACUUUGAUUUGUAGACCUCUUUCUAUCCAGGUGGUGAUGAUGCGUAGUACUUUUGGUAUAGACUCAUCCCCGGAAUCGUAUUGUACAGAAUGGGGUUGCUCAGCCACACGCUUUCGAGACAUGCAGAUGAGAAACAUGGGUAACAGCCAAGGG